UGGUGACAUAUCUUUAUUUAUACCACCAACCCUCUCUCACAUUUUUCUUAAACCAAAACAAUUCUUCUUCAAUACUUUUCAUAAAGACCAUGUCUGAAUUCCGUUUGCAUUUGCAUUUUCUCUCGCUACUUUUGCUCUGUUAUGUCUCCCCUUCAAGCUUCUUUAACUUAAACAUCGAUUACAGUAGCUAUGUUGCUUGUGGUCCCCAUCAGACUCAAGCUCUCACGGAGUUCAUGAACGAGUUUGAUAGCAGCCAGUGCAACCUCAGUGAUCCCUAUAAUGGAGUCUGGUGCGAUAACUUGACCGGUGCGGUCACAAUGCUACGACUCAAGGCGUGUCUCAGCGGAACUCUAAAGCCAAAUAGUAGCCUCUUCAGGUUACACCAUCUUCGUUACCUUGCUCUCACUCAAAACAACUUCAUCUCAGCUACAAUUCCUUCAGAAUUUGGGAAUCUCAGCAGGUUAGAGGCCUUAUCGCUUAUGAAUAAUAGCUUUGUAGGCCAAGUUCCUUCCUCAUUUAACAGCCUAAGCUUUCUUUCCGUUUUAGAACUUACCCUAAACGAGCUCACUGGUAGUUUCCCACUUGUAAGGAAUCUAACAAAGCUCUCGGCUUUAAGCCUUGCUGCUAAUCAUUUCUAUGGAACCCUGAAUCCCAAGAGUACUAGCCUGUUUGAGUUGCGCCACCUCCGUUACCUUGAUCUAAGUCAAAACAACUUCACCUCAUCACUCCCUUCUGAAUUUGGAAACCUCAACAGACUAGAAAUCUUGUAUCUUUCCUCCAAUGACUUUUUCGGGCAAGUUCCUCCCACAAUUAGUAACCUAACCUCGUUAGAAGAAUUGAACCUUCACCACAACCAACUCACUGGUAGUUUCUCACUUGUUCAAAACCUAACCAUGCUUUCAGUUAUAGCAAUCAAUCAUAAUCACUUCUCUGGAACCAUUCCAUCUUCUCUCUUCACCAUGCCUUUCUUAUCAUAUCUCGAUCUGAGUGACAACGAUCUCACUGAUUCUGUUGAAGUUUACAACUCCUCAUCUACCCUAUCUAGGCUCGAGUACUUGUCCCUUGGGAAUAACCAUUUUGAAGGAAAAAUCAUAGAGCCUAUCUCAAAGCUCAUCAGCCUCAAGAUUCUUGACCUUUCUUUCCUUAACACAAGUUACCCGAUUGAUGUAAGCCUCUUCUCCACGCUGAAAGAUUUGGUGGACCUUGAUCUUUCCGGUAAUAGUAUAUCUCCGGCCAGUUUAGGUUCAAAUUUAGACAUCCCAAUAAACCUGAAGAUUUUGUUGUUACGAGGUUGCGGCAUCAAAGAGUUCCCAAAUAUCUUUAAGACCCUUGAGAAGUUGGAGAAUAUAGACUUGUCCGACAACAUAAUCAAAGGCGAGGUCCCGGAGUGGUUAUGGAAGCUUCCUCGUCUAAACACAGUGUUUCUUUCAAAUAAUUCAUUUAAUGGUUUCCAAGGUCCAGUGGAUGUUUUGGUAAAUUCAUCGGUGAAGAAUUUAUUUAUGGAGCGAAACUAUUUUGAAGGAGCAGUUCCUAUUCUACCACUCUCCAUAGACAACUUUGCUGCGACAAUCAAUAGAUUCACAGGGAGCAUACCUCUUUCAAUCUGCAAUUAUAGGUCGCUUACACAUUUAUGGCUUCCUUACAACAACCUCACGGGUCCUAUCCCUCAAUGCUUGAGUAACUUGACGGUUUUGAAUCUCCGGAAGAACAACUUGGAAGGAAGUAUCCUUGAGGCAUUUUAUGUCGGUGCUUCUCUACAAACACUUGAUGUUGGACACAAUCGACUAACCGGGAAACUUCCAAGAUCUCUUCAGAAUUGUUCAUCUCUCGAGUUUCUAGCUGUUGACCACAACAGAAUCAAAGACAAGUUUCCUUUUUGGCUCAAGGCUUUACCAAAUUUGCAAGUCCUUAUCCUCAGUUCAAACAAAUUCUAUGGAUCUAUAUCUCCUCCUGGUCAAGGCCCUCUCGGGUUUCCAGAGCUGCGUAUAUUUGAGAUAGCUGAUAAUAAGUUUACUGGAAGCUUGCCACCGAGAUACUUUGUCAAUUGGAAAGCAUCGUCCCUUAUGAUGAAUGAAGAUGGUGGUCUAUAUAUGGUAUACACGAAAAGGACUUCUGGGAGACUGUCCUAUAUGGAUACAGAAGCUAUAGAUUUGAAAUACAAAGGUCUAUCAAUGGAGCAAGGGAAGGUCCUUACCUCAUACGCCACUAUUGAUUUUUCUGGGAACAGAAUUGAAGGACAGAUUCCUGAAUCAAUUGGUCUCUUGAAAGCACUGAUUGCACUCAACUUAUCAAACAACGCCUUCACAGGUCAUAUUCCUCUGUCUUUCUCCAAUCUGGGAAAGCUCGAGUCACUAGACCUAUCAAGCAACCAACUCUCCGGGACUAUUCCAAAUGGACUUGGGACCCUCUCCUUUAUGGCGUACAUAAAUGUGUCUCACAACCAACUCAAGGGUGAAAUACCACAAGGAACACAGAUUACCGGCCAACCUAAGUCUUCAUUUGAAGGGAAUGCAGGCCUUUGUGGUCUUCCUCUCCAGGAAACUUGCUUUGGGACUAUUGCGCCACCAACCCAACAACCUCCGGAAGAAGAAGAAGGAGAAGAGGAAGAAGUGUUGAACUGGAAAUGUGUGGGAAUAGGGUAUGGACCUGGAGUGUUGCUUGGAUUGACGAUAGCACAAGUCAUUGCUUCAUACAAACCGGAGUGGCUCGUCAAGAUAAUUGGUCCAAACAAGCGCAGAAACCGUUAGGAUUGUUUUCAGUUUGAGUAUGAUCCUUCAAUAUAUGUCAAGUGGUUGAUGUGAUUCAUCUUGUAUGGAAGCAUCUCUUUAUGUUUGUUG